AUGGGUCUCGCAUUCUCAAAGCUGUUUGACAGACUGUGGGGUAAGAAAGAGAUGAGAAUCUUGAUGGUUGGUCUCGACGCUGCUGGAAAGACCACGAUCUUGUACAAGCUCAAGUUGGGUGAAAUUGUCACGACCAUUCCCACAAUCGGUUUCAACGUUGAGACUGUCGAGUACAAGAACAUCCAGUUCACCGUGUGGGACGUUGGUGGUCAGGACAAGAUUCGACCUCUUUGGAGACAUUACUUUCAGAACACCCAAGGUAUCAUCUUCGUGGUCGACUCCAACGAUAGAGAUCGUAUCGUCGAGGCUCGUGAAGAGCUUCAGCGCAUGCUCAACGAGGAUGAGCUGCGCGAUGCUCUCCUCCUGGUCUUCGCCAACAAACAGGAUCUUCCAAACGCUAUGAAUGCCGCUGAAAUCACCGACAAGCUUGGUCUCCACAGUCUCCGACAACGUGCCUGGUACAUCCAAUCCACCUGCGCUACCUCCGGUGACGGUCUGUACGAAGGACUUGAGUGGUUGAGCAACUCGCUCCGCAAGGCUGGGCACAACUAA